CGGCCCGGGCGUGUUGUGCCCUGAAGCCCUGCUCCCCUUUCGCCUGAACCCCCCCUCCGCUGCUGCCUUCUCCACUGCGUUGCCUCUCUUCUGUCCGCCUGCUCUCCUCUGUGCUACUUCCGCUCUUUCUCUCUUUUUUUACCCGCCAUUCGACCUACAUGCCCGGCGGCUCUUGUUGUUGUUGAGAAGAAAGAAGGGGAAGACAAGAUCGAGACAGAGAGAGACAGAGGACCGGGUGAUGACGCUUGCCGCGACGGCAGCGGCUUCCUCAACCAUGGCAUCCGGCCCAGACAGUGGCACGGCGUCCUCAGCGGCGCCCGUCGAUGCCUCGUACCUCAGCUCACUGCGUGAAGCCGCGCGCGGCCAGCUCGUGCUCAAGUCGCGCCGCCCGCUGCCCGCAUUCACCUGCCCCAUCCCCGUCCCGCCGUCAUCGGCGAGCGUGCAGCAGCUGCGCUCCGCCGUCGUCGCCGUCCUCACCGGCCAGCUUUCGGCCCGUGCGACGUCGGCGACGAGUAACGGGAGCAGCAGUAGCAGCAGCAGCAAGGCCAUGAGCUACUCAGAGCACCUCAAGGAGCAGACGAUCCGCGAGUGGCGCAUGAGCAGCAUCGUCCUCGAGCUCCGGCAAAAUGAGAUUAUCGCGCCCGAGACGAGAAACGACCCGCAGGCCGACGAGGCUGUCACAGGCUUUGAGCUGCUGGACACGCACGACUGUGCGCUGCUGGAGCAUGGCGACGAGAUCUUCAUCAAGGUCAAGCAGGGCCACAGCGUCGAGUCGCUCCGUCUUCCCCAGCUGCCAUCGAGCCAUCGCUACGGCCUUCCCGACUCGGUCUCGUCAGGUGGCGCCUCGUCACGAAAGAAGCAGGAAAGCGACAUGCUCGCCGCGAACCAGGCCAGCACCGGCCUCCUUACGGCUCAGGGGCGCAUGGCCGCGCGCUCGCACGACGCGGACCCGUACAACUUUGUGCCGCCCACGAACCCACUCCUCGAGCCCGCCGAGCCGUCGUCGCACUCGUCGAGCGUCUCGGCCCACCCACAGGUCCAGUACAUGACCAAGCUGCGCCACCAGGCCCCAGCCGGUGCCCGCGUAAUUGGCCUCGCCGACAUCUCCCACGGCGUCUCGCGAGCCACGCAGCCAUUGGCGGCGGCGGCGGCGGCGGCAGCAGCGACGGCAUCCUCACCGCCGAAUUCACCGCCGCCCCUGUACGAGAAGCUGGCAGACCGAGAGAGGAGGCCGAGUCUGAACAACAGCCGUCGGCUCCACUCAUACCAGGCCAUUGGCAGUAGUGGUGCCAAUGGGCUCCUUUCGAUGCAGCCCGUCCUUGCACCUCCCGCCGAGAGCCAGGCGCAAGCUUCGGCUACCAAACAGCAGCAGCAGCAGUCGGCGAGGCCCACGCAGCACCGGUCCGUGUCUGCGCCGAAUGAGUCGUCGCCUCCGCCCGCGCCUCUGGCGGCCCUGUCGAGUCCAACAGCAGCAGCAGCAGCAGCAGCAGCAGCAGCAGCAGCGCCAGCAGCCGCAACACCAGCAGCACCAGCAUCAAGCGAACAACGAGCACCACCGAGGGCCAAGGCUGUCCGACAGGCGUCGUCCUCGUCAAAGGCCGACAAGCAGGAGUGGGAACGGCAGCGCAAGGCAGGCCAGAGGGGCAUGCCCUCUGAUGCCCUCGUCAUUGGUCCUGGUGUGCAAGGGCGCAUAGGACCGGCACGCAUGGCGUCGUACGACAGCAAAGUGUCCAACAGCGACGAGAGCGCGAGCACUAACGGCAAUGGGUACGGCAAUCUCGAGGCCUUCGUCUCCUUUACAAAGGCCGGCGGAGAGGUGCAGGCUCGGCCUACGGCAGAUACCAAGAACACUCGUUCGGCGAGCUACGGGAAGGGAAGCACAGCUGGCGCAAAGCCAGCAAGACCAAAGGCGAAUGGGAGAGCCAGCCACGAAGGCCUGGCCGACGGUGGCAAGGAGCAAGCGGCCAAGCCUGCGCCUCGGCUGACUGUCGAGCUGCCCACCAAGCCGGUCCUGCCACCUAUUCGCAACCUCUCGCCCUUUGAUGCCGCUCCGACGCACGCAAACACAGAGGGACAGCAGCAGCAGCAAGAGGGAAUAGCAACGCUCGAGGGGGAGAAGCCCUUUCCGCUCAUUCUCGCCUCCACGCCGCAUUCACGCACCCCUGCCGAGCCUACGACGGCCGAGUCGGCCAGCGCAGGACGACGCUCCAGCAGCGCAAGGUCCACGCCGGGAGGCAUGGGCGGGCUUGCCACUCUGGAGCCUGACUCGACACCAAGGAGCAUAAAUGACGGCAGAGGAGACGAAUCGUCGCCUCAGCCACAACCGCUGACCGAUCAGCUCCCGGUCCAGCAAGCGAAACUGUCCGAGAGCGAGGCGGCAGCAGCAACUGCCAUCAAUCAAGGGUCGGGCCGCAGCAAGAAGUCGGACGGCAGCCGGGCCGAGCGCAGAUUUGCUGAGGUGCAAAAGGCGCUCCAGGCAGAGAAGGACCGGCAGGACCAGGAGGACGCAAAGAGGCUGGCCAAGAUCAAGAAGCGCGAAGAGGACAAGGCCAAGGAUGUCGAAAAGAGGGCAACAGAGGCACGGGAAAAGCGGGAAAAGGCCAAGUGGAGCGUCUGGCAGGAGGUCCGCAAGAGAGAGGGCCAGCUGCCGCCAUCGUCGCCGCACUGAAGGUCCUUUGCCUGCCAUCCUCUGCCACCGCCUCUUUGGCAUUGUUUCCGGUUUCCUUCUUUUCUUCCCUGAUUCAGCACCAUAACUUCCA